AUGGCCACACCAAGUCAACGACGAACCAAGGGUGUUACGAUCGUACGUCCGAUCGUGUAUGGCAACGUAGCUAAUCCAUUACCACCGCGCAAGACUCAAGAGACAGAUCAUACGCAUAAAUGGACUGUUUCUGUUCGCGGAGUAAAUGGAGAGGAUAUUAGCUAUUAUAUUAAGAAAGUGGUGUUUAAAUUGCACGAAACAUACCAGAAUCCACUGAGAACCGUGGAACAGCCGCCUUUUGAAAUCACAGAGACAGGCUGGGGUGAAUUUGAGCUAGCAAUCAAAUUACACUUUAUUCCGGAAAGCAAUGAAAAACCAGUCCCGCUUUAUCACAAUUUGAGACUCCAUCCGUACGAAGAAGAUGGUACCAUUUUGAGCGCGAAUAAGAACAAACCCGUAUCAAGUUUUCAAUAUGAUGAACUGGCGAGUGUGUUUACAGAUCCAACAGAGGCCAUGUAUCAGAUCUUGACUCAACAUAAUAGUAGUUCGACACUCCCGGCAAAAAAUACGAAUCAACCAUACAGUCUACAGGCUGAACAAGACGAACUGAAAUUGAUAGAACAGACGUAUCGUAAAGUCCAAGAGCAGCUGCGACAAUACAAGGAACGAAUGGAUACUGCUACCAAUGAACUUCAACAGGUUAAAUCCGAAUUGGAACGUCUGAGAACAAAAUGA